UAUUGAUGUGCAAAAUGGUAUUCUCAUUAAGAAAGCUUGAAUUGAAGAAAUAAGAGAACACUUGCAAAUAUUUCCUGUUAUUAAAAUGAUUAGAUAAUAAUUUUAAGACCAUGUCAAGAUCUCCAAACAUUAAAGGUAUAAAAUUGGGCAAUGCCCCCAGAGAAAUAUCACUGUCGCAACAGAGUAAUCAAGAUGAAGUUCAUCGCUAUCCUUUACCUCCUGUGCUUCAUUGUUGCUGCAGCAUCCACCAGCAGCACGACAACCACGACGGAGGCCUCCACUACUUCUACUACAGCUUCGUCGGUCCCAGCGCCAGUUCCGUGCGGAAAUGGGCCCCAAGGACCUUGUGCCAAAAAACUAUACUUUUUCUACUAACGCACUGUUUGAGCCUUGCAUAAUACCCAUAAAUAAAA